AUGGGCGAGGUUUCCUUGUGCGACGAUUACAGUCUGCCAGUCGACUUCGUGAACAAAAGACGUCCAGUGAGCGCCGCGGCCGCAACUACCACGGUACAGUGGGCGCUGCCGAGUCCCACCGUCGAAAACGCGGAAGUCGAAGUUGUGGAACAAUAUAGCGACCCCAGGGACAGCAAGAACAAGGCGUACGUCGAGCCUGGAGCGGAAUCCUCCCUGCCUACGAUUUACAGCAAAGUAAAUCGCAACUAUUGCCGACCGUAUACGGAUCCGUCAGCUUCAGGAUCCUCCUGCGAGGAUGACGAAGAGGGUCGUCAACGUAGCAUCAGACAGCGAAAGAACAGCCUGUACGCGUCUUCCUCGAUUCGAGCUGUGUCGGUAGACAGAGAGAGAGACGUAGCCUCCGCGGACAGCGUGGUAGUGGACUGCGUGGCAGUGGUACACCUGACAGAUCAAUCGCCGACCGAGUUGAAUCAGCCGGCUCGCCAUCCUUCGCCCUAUUACUACGGUGACCUGUUCAAAGUACCGGAGCAGACGUACAAAUCGCAGCCGAAUAAAUACCGGAAGAGCGUCAGUCUCGACGUUCCCGGUGAGCGGUCCAGAACACCCGGUAUACCGAAGAGGAAUUCGGUGGCGGGUGAUGGUGGUUCAUAUUCGUCUCAGCAACUGCACCCUCCGCAACAGCAGCAGCAGCAGCAGCAGCAGCAACAGCAGCAGCAGCAGCAGCAGCAACAACAACAACAAACAUCGCAGCAGCAACAGCAUCAGAGCCAGGAUCUAGUGAGCCCCACGUCGGGGAGCGAGCAUGCUGUCCAAGCCAGGAACGAGAUCCUCUCGUCGUGCAUCAUCACCGAGUGGGAUCACACCUUCAUGCCUCCGCAUAGACUGUUGAGCCAUGACCUGCCGACCGAGGUUUGCAUUUGCUUCGCAUCGCCAGAAGAGGAGGAGGAUGAGCUAGAUCAGCGCCAGCCGCAGUUAACGCGGCACCAAGUGCGCAAGCUACGACGUACAAGGAGGAUAGAUCCGCAGCCGAUACUCGUCGAGGACGAGGACGACGUGGAGGGAGAGGACGAGGGGGAGGAAGAGGAGGAGGAGGACGCGGAGCUGGAGGAAGACGAGGAAGAGAUGGCCAGGCAACGUCACCUCUACGAGACGGCCUUCGACUGCAAGGUCAAUCGUUCCGACGAUGACCUCGAUGACCUCGACCGGGUUACGAAUCAUCCGGUGCUGCACUCACAGUUGCGUAGCACCAGCGCGAUACCAGUAAGCAGAACGAGCUCGUCGACGGACACGUCUAAGCAGCAGCAGCCGCAACAGGUCCCGUACACAGGACAGUCCCACAGCAGCAAAGAUCGACGCAAGGUCGUACUUCUCCGCCCAAAACCGAUUCCGAGCCGUCUCCAGCAGCAGCAACAGCAGCAGCAGCAGCCUCAGCAGCAGCAGCAGCAAUCAGACAAUAUUUCUACUCUGUCCCAAGAUAUCGAAUCCCUCCAGAUCAACUCGAGCGACGAGAAGACCGGGUCGCCCAGGCUACCAGCCAGAGGCUACACGCCGUCGCCUCCAUCCACGGCCCCGUUGCCGGCCAAGUUCCACGGGAACCGUGACCACUUGCUGCUAAACAUACGCAGCACGCCGAAUCUACCCUCCCAGCCGGACCACCCGCGCCUGAAAGACUUGCGGCUACCUGUGAAAUCUUCGCUGCGGGCCAAGGAGUCCCCGCAGAGCAGCGAGGGCAGCAUACUGGAGAUCAAAAGCAGACCAAAGAAUUUUGCUCAAGAUACCGUCGAGUCCUCCCAGGGGCGACGCUUCGACAAAGAAUUGAUCCUGGAGUUCAAGGGCAGGCCGAGAGAGGAGCGGCAGCGGCCGCGCAGCCUGAUACGCGAGUCCAAGCCUAUCAUGGAGUUCAAAGGCAGGCCCCACGAAGCCGAAAGUGAUUUACUGAGACCCCGUCGGGAGGUGGGUCUCUUGGAGUUCAAACUGCGAACCAGCAGACGUAGACCUGGGUACUCUAGCACCGAGAGCAUGGCGACUAGCAGCAGCGGUGGCAGCAUGGAAUCCCUACGGAGCAGCACCAGCGAAGGCAACAGGUCUACCAGCAGCUCGGAGAGCCGUCAUAGCACUAGCUUGAGCUCCCAUAGUUCCGACAGCGGUAGCACCAACUAUUGCCACCAUCAUCAUCCUCAACCCUCGAUGACUGGGUUUCUAACUAACCACGCGAAUAAGUUGCACAUACUGUCGCCGAUCUCGGACAAGUCGUCCCAGGAGCCAGCUUCCGAGACCUCCGACAACAAUCGGAAUAAUAACUCACAGAAAGCCUCGCCCGAGGAGAACGUCACCACUGAGAACAACGUGACUGCGACCAAUAACACGAAUACCAACUCAGCGAACACUAACACGAACACGAACUCCGUGAGCUCGCCAAUGGACACUUCGUUCAAGAAGAGGCGGGCACCGCAGAAUAAGAAUCUGAUUAAUUUGGCUCUGCAGUCUUCGUCGUCCGGCGACGCGGAGAUCCAAGAACUCUCCGAUCUGCCGUUCGACAUGCCCAAGCUGCGGAGACGACGGUUGCUCAUGCAACAAGACGCAACUACUUCCGGCAGCGCGACCAGUGUGGAUCUGAGGGACCUGCCGUUUGAUAUGCCGAAGCUGAGAAGGAGGCUGAGGUGCAUGCAGAGCACGGAAUCCAGCGGGUCGCAAGCUUCGUCGAGCUUGUCCGUGAGAGACGUCGAGCCGCCUCCGCUUUUUGGCGGCGGGCUGGCGCGUCCGAAGAUGACACUGAAUCUGGACGCCGGGAACGGGGCGAACAGCGCCGGCGGCGCGGGUCAGCUCGCGCCGAAAAAGCCUGGCGGCCUGAGCCUCGGAUUGCCGUUGGAGAUCAGCGCGGCGCGUGGAUCCGCCGACCUCGUCGACGUGGACCUCCCUCUCGAGAGACAAGGAUGGUACCACGGAUCCAUCACGAGAAUCGAGGCAGAAGCUGUCCUACGACUUCUGAGGGAAGGAAGUUACCUGGUGAGGAACAGCGAAUCGACCAAACAGGAUUACUCUUUGUCAUUGAAAAGCGCGCGCGGUUUCAUGCACAUGCGUAUCCAGAAGAACGAGGAGUUGAACGCGUACAUCCUCGGCCAGUUCAGCAAGCCGUUCGACAGUAUACCGGAAAUGGUCCGGCACUUCAGCGUGAACCGUCUUCCGAUACGCGGCGCCGAGCACAUGUGUCUUCUGCAUCCGGUCAUAGCGCAGCUUUUGUAGCGCAUCUAUCGUAGCGCCGUUUAAGGCGCUCCGCAAUCUUUUUGAUAUCCCGUUUAUUCAAUGAGAUUCAGUGAUACCGGAACGUUUCGAGAGCGUACCUACGCACCUUCUCCUGUGUACAGAAGAUCGUUGCUCCACGGAAAAUCCACCGACACCGAGCGGCCGACACGCGUCGCACUUCCAUGAGAACAUUUCCCACGAUUUCUCCCCUCCCCACGCCGUCUCGCGUUUUACGAGACCGCCGCUAAUCACAAAACAUUCCGAGCUUCCGAGAUUGCUGAUCGACGAAACGUGGAGGGGAACGAAGUCGACAAUUGGAACUCUGCGCCCGACGGGAAUAGAAAUACAGUACAAAUCAGCGAGGAGUUUCUGUGAACUCGGAGAGCGAGCGACCUCGGCGUUACAUCGUAUUCGUUCACCUAAAUCCUUUACGGUUGCAUGUCCGUUCGUCGAGCAACUUCGUCAGCGAUAGAGAACGAUCAGUUUCAUUCGGAGUACAGUAUUGCCCGGUUAACUGUCGUCGAGUCGGGUCCGCGACGCGACCGUUAUUCGGGUAAGUAUCAUGGUAGAUACUUGUUUACCUUGGAGACACAGAAUCGGUCAGAAAUUAUAUAGUUAAUUUAUCUAGAUUAUUAUAAUCUGAAACCGUAUCGUUUCCUUCGUGUUUCAUUCAUUUAUUAUCAAUAUUACCUUCGACAUCAUUGCUCCUGAUUAGUAUUGAAUUAUUAUAACGUACACGAAAAUUCAAACAUUCGUUUCACGAAAUCGGUAUAUUUUGAUGUACCAAUAUACUUGAAUUCUAAUUUAAUAUUCUAUAUACCAACGAUUGCUACAAUUUUCAUCGACUCGCGACCGCAAAGCGGGCAGAGGAGCGACGCUUAAACGGGCACGACUGUACUAAGGAUACGGACGCAACAGCGGAGUCCAGCGAUGACGACGCUUCGAGGUCGGAUCAGUCUCGUCUUCCCCAGAAAAGAGAAUUCUUAUCGCGAGCCUGUAUCUCGCGCGCUUUAUUUUCGCGUAGUGGAUCUAGAGUUCAUCCCCCGCGGUCGAUUGGUCGGCAGGGCAGCUUUCGCGGUGAUCGGAUCACGGGAAAUCGUGACGGCCAAUGACUCGGGAGCCAGAGGAGAAAGAGAAACUCCGUGUUCGCUGAGAAGUGUCGAAGAAUCUAGGAGUCCGGCGUCCUGAGUGGAAGAGGAUUCGUGUAGGGUUGUCGCAAGAGCUUUACAAAAUGGUUGUUCCUUAUGCUCGUGGGCUGGGCGGCCACGGGUUUCAUGUAAGAAACUAUCGAUGGGAUCAGACUCGUUGUCUUACAAGCCGAUAAUCUAACGGGGCGCGAGAUGAUACGUAUUUAGGUAAGUAACACAACGCGGUUGGCCCGCGCGGCCACCGCGACUGGAGCUGGAAGCCAAAGAAAACGGAGCUAAGUUUGCGUUUCACGUUCGUGCGAGAGGACUACGGAUCGACGAGGAGCGAACGAAUGGAGGGACGCGCGGCUUAGCGUCUUCGCUGCCAAUAGCAUCGUUGAUACGCAGCGUGUCAACGAUGCGCCAAAGGACACCGGCUGAUAAGUCGCUCACGUGAAAUCAAAGAUAGACAUCGCUUUUCAUCGAUGCUCUUCGUUAUCAGCUAGUUCUAACGCGAAAGUUGGGGUCAACGGAGAAGGAUUUUCAUUUUGACGUUGUUCUCUGAAGGUCUUUACGUUAUGAUGACAAGGUUUGACGAAGACACUUCGUGUGCAUUUACGAGAAAUGUUGAAAAUUGCAUUGAUUCGUGGAUAAAAUAUCCAAAGUGUAAUGCUUCUUAUAACGUUGGUCGUGAGGAACCAUUUUCCAUCGGAACUCUAUAACUCGAAUUGUGUUCUUAAACAGUUGGAUUCGCACGAAGAUCCGCAGUCUAAUCAUAACGUACAGAGACCCCGAGAGUAGGGAUCGACGCCUCUAACAUUGUCCUGGUGGCAGCGAAUCCGUUAAGCAGCUGGGCGUUCAUAAAUUUGCCAAAAACAGUUUUACCGCUAAUCGUAAGAUCAUUUAGUCAGGGUUCUUAAGUUGCUCGUCGUCGUCGACAAGCGGUUAGGCUCAGGACCAGCGAGCUGAUCGACAGAUUAUAUACUCUUUACGUUGGUGUUUGCGAGCGUGCGAAACUGGGAGAGGAUUGUGGACGCGGAAAUGAAUUUGUUUAAUUCGUCCAGGCUGACCUUUGAGCGGGAGGGGCGAGAGGUUAAAGCACGAUGUCGCGUCGUUAGGGCAACGGUUGAGGGGUCAGCCGAUCCGAAUCGUCGAUGGCUCGUCCAACCGAGUCAUCCGUCCGACAGUCUCUUAUUUUUGGGGAGAUUUUUCUGUGAGAAGAGGCAACCGAUACAUAUUUUUUCAUGUGAUAUCAAUUUGUUACAGAGAUAGCCUAGUUUUACCUGUGAUCUGUUACUUAGUUCCCUUUAUCCGUGUCUGUUGGUCGCUGUGUGCAAUAUUCUCGUACGUACGAUUAUUGGUAACGAUAAUAAUUAUAUUAAUACUGAUAAUAGUCAUAGCGCAUAACGAUAAUACUGAUUAAAAUUAAUUACGGUAAUUACGAUAACAAUAUUGCUAAUUAUAGCGUUUAGCACUAACGGUAACUAUUAAGUCGCUGUAACGAGAUGUUUCGGGUAGUCCAGCAACGAGGCGCGCGGCCCGCCGCGACACGAGAGACGUCCGUGGUGUUACAAUAAUUAUUUCGUGCUAAGGGUCUCGAUUCGCAGCCAGGUUGUGAGCGGAAUUUUAGUUUCGUCGCUGGCACCGGCGACGCGUAACCAAAGAUUUUAAUUGUAACUUUCUGUAGGAUAUAUUAGGACCCGCGACACUAGUAUACUUAAUUCACCGAUUAACGUACUUAGUAUCCCGGAAUGUUUUUUCUUUUCUCUUGUCGAACGUUACUGAGAAAAAGCAAAUCUGUGUUUUAAUCAAGCAGUAAUGGUCUAACGGUUUCAAUUUGAUUUCUUCUCUUUACCACUACUCUAUUGAUUUUUUAUAAGAUUGUUCAGCGUUGCCGAAGGGAAAGAAUAUGUUUUUCAUAGUUAUUCGAAGUACAUGUUACGAAUACAAUUGUUUAUUAUACUGUUUAUGUACUGUUUGAACUGUAGUAUUUAUUUACUUCGUAAGUAUGAGAUACAAUUAUCCGUUUGUUGUAAUAUUAAUAGCUUUUUUAUUGAAAUACAGAUGCUUCUCGAUUUCUUUUUUAAAAGUUUCCUUUAGCGAUACAUAUUAUUUAAGAAGCGCACGUGAAACACUGGUAUUCGCUUUUCCUCAGUACCUCCUCAUUCGUUACAAAUCUAUACUAAGUUCUGAAUUAGCGUGACUCGAAACGAACACUAAUCCGAGGAAAGUACCAUUGCCAUUCCAGCAAGUAAUUCAUUUCGCUUCGAAACGAACCGCCGACUAUUGCAACUCGGACACAAUGAAAUUGUACACAAUAUUCGCGGGAAAGAGAAAGCGAAUAUAACUCCGUUAACGCUAAUCCGGGGCGAAUCGUCGCGCUAACCCGUACUCCACAUCAUUCCACACUACACGACGUUUACAGAUCCGAUUCUCCUUUCGCUUCGGUUUCAAUGAAUCGUUUCUUUCCAAUGAGUUUCACGUGUUACACGAAACACACCUACACGGAACACGUACACGCGUACUCAUAGGGACAUACACGUUGUACUUUAAGCUGCCAGUAUUAUUAACUGUAAUCAAUAAUGCAUAUCCAUGUUAACGUUUAAGACAUUAUAUUGUCCCCCUCCUAACGAACGAUUACAAAGAAAAAAAAAAGUAUAAUAUAUAUAUAUAUAUAUAUAUACACACACACAAAUAUAUAUAUUUAUUUGACAUUAUAUUUAUUGCAAUUUUGUCGUUAAGCCGAUGGUCUUGCGUAACGGUUCCCGUGUACACUGUUAAUUUCGCCCGUAAAGAUCGUAGCGUGGUAAAUUCAUGGUAAUCUUUCUUCUAGGUAUUAGCGACACGUAGAUCGGCGGCAAAUUGCCAAGAAAAAUGGUAAAACACAGGAGGGAAAACGGAAACCUAGGCAAGCCGUGAAUUAUGUGGUAGAAGUAAAAACCUUUGUAGAUACUUCCUGUACCUUGAAAUUUAUAUGACGUAGCGUUUAGCUCCAACGUAUAUACACGAUAUACGUAUACAUGAACAUAUAUAUAUAUAUAUAAAUAUAUACAGUAAUAUUACCGGAUAUUACCGUAUAGUCCUUUAUAUAUAUAGGAGAUAUACACAACCGUGUGCGAUCGGAGGCAAACCGAGUUAUACGAGAUAAGUCCGAUAUGAUUAAUAAUUAAUAAUUAUACACUCGAGAGCGCUGUGUACACAUCUUUCAUGUAAACGGAUCUCGAACGGUGUGAUGUGCAAUAACGAAGAGCGAUCUAGUGCGGUCGCAGUGCGCGGUGCGAUUCAGUAUUUUUGUUUUAGCAUGACAGACCACCGAUGUUCCAAAUCGACUUCACUAGAUAGUCUUGUGUACUCCGAAACUCCCUCUUAAUAAUAAAACAUUUAAUAAAAGAACGGGUUUGUACGGUGAUUUCCGUUGAUCCUGUGGUUGCUUGUUCUCUUUUAUUUAUUUUCACCCUUCGACGACUAUCGUAGUCUUGUAUUACUUAUCGUGUGAUCAUUUAUUCGUUCCUCUGUUAACAGUAGAACUACCGAGCACUUAAC